AUGAACUCGAGCCUUGACCCGUUCUACCAGCGGUCCCCAUUCUCCCACUCGUCCCAUCUGCAGGCACUCCACACCGCACAAUGGUCCCCAGCAGCCCAGCAGCCCGCGGUUGAGUCGACUCAAAAGCAGCCAGCAAUCACCAUUCUCUUGCUCGUCCCAUCUGCAGGCACUCCACACCGCACAAUGGUCCCCAGCAGCCCAGCAGCCCAGCACCAGCGGUUGUACGUGCAGGCGCGGAAGCCACAUGUCCGCCACCCCGCCCGCCCGCCGCCCCGUCCGUCCGCCACCCCGCCCGUCCGCCACCCCGUCCGUCCGCCACCCCGUCCGUCCGCCAUCCCGCCCGUCCGCCACCCGUCCGCCGUACACUCAUCCGCCGUGCGCCCAUCCGCGCAUGUGUUGUCCUCGUCCCUGCGAACGCCAAUCGCCUCUGCGCCCAGUCCCGUGGUUGUCCCAGCAGACGUGCAGAGCAGGAGACACACGCACCCCUCGUCAGUCCGCAAUUACACCCGCUCGCCGCGCGCCCAUCGCACCCAUCCGCCCCGUGCGCCCAUCCGCCCCGUGCGCCCAUCCGCGAUUGCGCCCAUCCGCGCCGCUCACCACCGCGCUCAGCCCAUCCCCACAGCUAGUGCUGUCCCAUCCAUACCCAUGCCUGUCUCAGCAGACGCAGACAGUCGCAGCAGACCCUCUAAAAAACCUGCAGAAGUAAGAGAAGGGGAUUGGGUGGGUGUCUCCCGUUGCAGCCCGCGGUUGUCCAGCAGACGUGCAGACAGAAGCCACUCGCCACUCGAUCCCACAGCCGUUCACACUCGCCCGCGUUUCCAAUCCCACACAACCGCUCGUCACCCGCACGACCCCGCGCGUGCGUCCUCACAUGUCUUCCCGUGCAGCAGCAAACUUGGUCCUGCAGCCGUGCAGACAGCAGACACGCGCGUCCCUCUCACAUCGCUCGCCCUCCAGAAACCAUCUUCUUUCAUCCCUACUUCCUUCUUACUUCCUUCUCGCGACCUGCAAGGGAAGGGGAUUGGGUGGUGGGUGUCUCCCGUUGAAGCCCGCGGGUGCAGACGUGCAGAGGUGACUUUUGAGUCGACUCAAAAGUCUCCCGUUGCAGCCCGCGGGUGCAGACGUGCAGACAGCAGCCACUCGCCACUCCCUCCCACCGCGUUCACGUCCGUCCGAGUUUCCAGAAGUCGCUCGCCAACCGCACGCCCCUGCGCGUGCAUCCUCACGCGUCCUCCCAUGCGCCCGCGUUCGCAUUCGCCCAAUUCUCCGUCAGCGCAACUGCUCGUCUUGUCGCUGGCACGCCCCCCCCGCGUGCAUCCUUGUGGGUCUUCCCGUUGCAGCCGUGCAGACGGCAGGCAGACACACGCGCGCGUCCCUCUCUCACGUCGAUCGCCCUCCACCCUGCAUCACCUCCACCAACCGCACUUCACACUUCCUUCUCACGACCUGCAAGGGAAAGGGGUUUGGUGGGUGUCUCCCGCUGCAGCCUGCGGUUGUCCCAGCAGACGUGUAGAGAGCAGACACACACGCACAGCCCCCACCAGCCUUCCUGCUCACGUUCCGCUCGCUCGCGCCCCUCGCUCUGAACCUCCCCGUGCGUCUUCCCAUCAGCGCCCGCGGUUGUCCCAGCAGGCGUGCAGACAGCAGACGCGCGCCACUCGUUCGUUCCUUGCGUCUUUCCGAAGGCGUCUCUCAGACGCGUCAUUCCUCGCCACUCACUCGCUUCACUUUAGACCUGCAAAAGGGGGGGAUUGGUGGGUGUCUUCCGUUGCAGCCUGCAGUUGUCCCAGCAGAUGUGCAGACAGCAGACACACACGUGCGCCCUCCCUUUACCCGCCCGCGUCUUCUGGUUGUCCCACUCGCUCGUUUCCCUUCUUCAUGUUCACUCGCGUCUUCCCAUCAGCACCUGCGGUUGUCCCAGCAGACGUGCAGACAGCAGAUGCGCAACACCUGCUACGACCGACCCUCGCCCCACGCGCGUUCACGCCUCAAGCCCGCACUCCUGUGUCUUCCCAUCAGCACCCACGCUUGUUCAACGGACGUGCAGACAGCAGACACACCCACCGACUCCCAUCCAACGAGUUUGUUUCUUUGCUUCUCAACCUGCAAGGGGGAUGGCGAGUGUCUCCCGUCGCCGCCUGCGGUUGUCCCAGCAAACGAGCAGCCAGCAGACACACGCAACUUGUCACGGCCGUCGCCUGCGCGUUCACCCCUCGAGCCCACACCCGCGCCCUCGUGUCUUCCCAUCAGCACCCGCGGCUGUUCAACGGACGUGCAGACAGCAGACACGCAGCCUCACAUCCAACGCGUUCGCUUCUCAACCUGCACGGAAAAAGGGUUGGCGAGUGUCUCCCGUCGCCGCCUGCGGUUGUCCCAACAGACGUGCAGCCAGCAGACACGCGCCAAUCAAUACCGUUCCUCGCCCCACCCUCGUUGGUCACUCGUUCUCGCUCGGCCCCCAGUGGUUCUUCACUCGGCCGUGCAGACAGCAGACACAUGGCGUCCAUUCUUUGUGUGUUCAAGCCCCGAUCAGCACCCCGCCCUUUGCGCCUCAACGGUCGCUCGCCCACAGUGCUUCCUAGACCCGCCACACCCGGUCGACUUGCACGCGUUCGUUUCAGCAGAAGCAGCUGCCCCAACGAAUACGCCGACAGCAAAAAGUUUGUCUCAGCAGUGCAGGCUACCCUCUCCCCAGCACGCUCUCUCCCUGCCCUGGACGCACAGAAGAGCAGCACACACAGCAAGAGCAAUACCAAGCAACAACCACCUCCCUAUUCCAUUAACAGCUACAGUUCGCGAGGAAAUAUGCACGAGGACUAG